AUAUUAUACGUAAUGUACAGACUCACUCACAUGAUGGUGUAAUAUUCUCUUCAGCUUUUCUGCGCCACUGGCUCAUCCCUUCCACCGAGCUUCCAACUUCUGUGCGUCUCUCUCUCUCUCUCUUCCUAGUUUUCUACCGCCAUCUCCCUCCUUCGCCGAACUGAGAGUUCAAAGCCGGCAUGGAAAUUCUCACGAACGGAAGGGAUGAGGCCCUCAAGGGAGUGCUGGACCACCUAUCAACCCUAAUCGCUGCAGCCGAUUCAAUCAAGCAGGAGGAUGACAACUUCCGUCGAUAUGCCGACUACAUGAUCCACGUACAAGAACUUCUUGUCAAACUUCAAUCGCAGCAGGCGACGAUCGAGCUUGCUCGCUUGCUACGGAGAAUCGAAACCGAGGUCUACUUGGCUCGAGAAAUCAUCGAUGGUUACAAAUCCAAACCCCGUCUAUUCCGUUCUUUCAUCUGUCGAUCGGUUGUUUGGAAGUUGAAUCAAUCUUCCAAGGAGAUCUACGCCGUUCUGCAGCUCCUCCCAUUCGCCCAGAUCAACACUGCUCUUAACAUCAAAGAAACGGCCGACGCGAUUAUUCAAGGUGUUGAAUCCUUACAGCUUAAGCUUUCGACUAAUUACAACGCAGUUCUAUCCAGUCUUGAUUCGCACAUCUCUGAGAACAGUGGGAAUCAACAACAAACUUCGCAUGGUUUAUUCAUGAUUAGCAGGUCAAAAGGGACCGCGAGCAGUAGCGUCUGCCCUUUGCCGAUUCAGAUCGAAGCUCGGGAACCAGAAGGUGAGAGGUCGGAUGUAGAUUCAUACCUACAAUUACCGCCAAGCUCCUUCUUCUUAUGCCCCUUGACUGGGGAGAUUCUGGUGGAUCCUGUAUCUGUGUUCUGCAACCACAGCUUUGAGAGGAAGGCGAUAGAAGAGUAUUUCGACGCGGGGCAGAACUUAUGCCCUCUUUGUAACAAGGAACUUUCCUCAACUGGGAAAUUAGAGAUCACUUCGAACUCUACGCUUCGCAACUCCAUAUUGGAGUGGAAGAAACGGGAAGAGCAGAUCAAUGCGGAGAGGAAUGCGAAGAAGAAGCUUAUAGAGGCGGCUACAAAAAUAAGCUUAGAUGACAUGGAGAACACAAAUCAAGCGCUCGGUGACCUGCACGCUCUGAUGAUAGAGAUACCAAGCUGCGUCAGUGCAGCCACGGAGAGCUCCUGUAAACUUAUUUCAAAGCUCGCAGAGCUUUUGAAGAAUAACAGCGUAGAAAAUAUUUCCACGGUGCUGAAAUGCUUGCUUCUGAUUUCUUGCUUUUCCGACGAGAACAAGGAGAUAAUAGGAAGAAGUGGAGUAAUCAAAUGCCUUCUAAAACAGAGCAUGAUGGAUCCAGCAACAGAUCCAACUGCCCUUGCUCUGUUGCUGGAUCUCUCCAGAAACAAGUCUGCUGCAGGGAAGAUUGUAGGAAUUCCAAUCUCUAUUUCCAUCUUCAUCUCCUUUUUAGACCACCCGAGCUCAACUGUAGCAGAAAUGGCGCGCACGGUGCUGCAGAACCUCUCUAUUGAUAUCAACUCCACUGUCACGAUGGCCAAGUCUGGGUAUUUCACUCCAUUCCUGGAGCACUUCAAUUCGCAAGAGAUUUCUGACGAGAUCAGAGCUCAAAUGGCAGAAAGACUAUCUCAGAUUCAGCUAACAGAAACUUCUGCAAAAAACUUACAGAAUGAACGAUUCAUGACUCACUUAACUGAGUCACUCAGUUGCAACUUUCCACCCACCAAAAUCGCCUCCCUCAACUGCAUCAAACACCUCAUAGCCUUCCAUGAACUGAAGACCUCCUUCCUCCAGAACGAAUCCGCCAUUACUGCUCUCCUAUCCCUGAUAACGACCAAAUCUACAGAUGAUGAAACGAAGCAGAAAGCAGUAGAGAUUCUGAUCUCACUCAUUCAAACAACUCAACCUAGCCAUCCCAGCUUCCGGCCUCUCUUCUCGUCCGACGGCAUACGAGAAUUGCUUCACCAGAUCAGAACCUCCGCUCCUGAGGACCAAAUCUGGCUGCUUCGCCUCCUCGCCGCUAUGGCACAGAACUCAGCUGCAGUGGGAGAGUUCAUAGUUUCCGAUCAUGGCGCAUUGAGCUUUCUCUUCUCUGCGAUCGGUUUGGAGCAGAACAGAGAUCUGAAAAUGAUAGCUCUGAAGCUAAUAUACUACAUUGCUGGAAAACAUCAUAUUGUUAUCCCUCUCCCCUCCUCCCCUUCUAAAGAAUCAAUCAUUCAUUCCCUCAUAACAAUACUCUCUGAUAGACGGGUCGCCCCGCGCCCGCCGUGGCAGCCGCUGCGGCCGGCGUCCUCGCCCAUCUUUCGCCUGAUGAUAGAAGCAUGA